AUGCGCCUUGCAUGCAAAAUUUUUGACAAAGAAAAAGCUCCUAAGGAUUUUCUAGAAAAGUUUUUUCCUAGAGAGCUAGAGAUUCUAACUAAGAUUGAAAACCAACACAUUAUACAAGUGCAUAGUAUUCUACAAAGAGGACCUAGAGUGUUUAUAUUUAUGAGAUAUGCCGAUAACGAAGAUCUUUUUGAUUUUAUUAAAAAAAAUGGAGUCGUGCCUGAGCAGCAAGCUAAAAUAUGGUUUAGACAAAUGGCCAGCGGACUUUAUUAUCUUCAUGGUAGGAACAUUUCACAUCGAGAUCUAAAAUAUGAAAAUAUUUUGCUUUCGAGAAGAUUUAAUGUAAAGUUGGCUGAUUUCGGUUUUGCGCGAUUUUGUGUCCAUUCGGAUAAUAGAAGAAUACUUAGUCAAACAUAUUGCGGAUCGGCUGCUUAUGCAGCUCCUGAAGUCGUCAACGGAACACCGUAUAAUCCCAAGCUAUCUGACGUUUGGUCCUUAGGAAUAAUACUAUUUAUAAUGCUAAUUGCUUCUAUGCCUUUUGACGAUUCAAAUUUAAGAAAAUUACUAAAAGAUCAAAUGACUAAAAACUGGGUUUUUCGAUCAAGAGUAAGAGAUAGUUUAUCCACAUUGGCUAAAUCAUUGGUGAGAUAUCUAUUAGAACCUGAUUUGACUCAAAGACUAACGCUAGAUAGAGUUAUGCAACAUGAAUGGCUAAGAAUGCGCAGAGAGAGGCCAUCUUUUUUUGGCAGGUCGGUACAUAAUUCGGUGGAAAAUUAUUUUCCACAUGUCAGUGUAUAUGACGACGAAAAAGUACCUGGAGACUUCCAAAAUCCCGAUAACAAGAAAAGCGAAAUGAGGAUAGCUAUCAACGACAAUUCAAUGAAUUGAAUUAAUAGGGGUUAAGAUGGCUGGUAUGGUUUUUAAAGAUAUAUAAUUUAACUGUUUUUACUAUAAUAACUUAAUGGUUCAUUAAAUAUUUCAUAUUGCUAUAAAUCUGAACAUAUUUGUUUAAUAUGCUAUAAUUUCAUGUUUUGUUUUUUUGGUUUCUGGAAUAUUGCUAUUAAAUUUAUAGCCAGGUAAACAUAU